AUGCUCCCAGUCCUCGACAAGCCCGAAUUCGACAUCAGCAUCGACAUCCUUCUUCCAUCAACCGUGAUUCUCCGGUUCUUCGAAUCCAUCUCCGCACACAGCCCUCCACACGACGCUCAGCGCCAUCUCCUGGCAGGCUCGGUCUACAUCAGCUCACACGUUGACUGCGCUAUCUCCGGCGGCCUAGCUUCGGCUUCUUUCUGGAUGUUCGUCAUUCAAGAUAUUCAAUUCUCGCUUACGUAUCAGAAAUGCCUUCGGUUAACUUUUGCACCUUUCGACGAGGGCCUUCGCCGAUGGUGGGCCGCCAAGGCGGUUCUCUCCGACGGUGACUGGACGAACCGGGCAAUUUGGCUGUUGGCCGAAACUGUUGACUUUUGUUAUAACAUUUCGGGCCGAAAACACGAUGGUCGGCUUGGCAGUGAAGUUGAGACAGCGCUCAGAAGACGAAUCUUCGAAUGGGAGCUCGAGAAACCGAGUUCAUUCGCACCUUUGCAUCUUUCCGCACCGGAUCCUGGGAGAGGAAAGCCUUUCCCCGUGGUCUGGUACACAAGCUUGUGGCAUGCGACUGCAAUCCAGCAGAUCUGCAUGGCUAAGGCAUUGAUGCUCAUUCGUGAAUUGGAGUUCUAUGACAGGAGCCUAUUACAUAUGGAAGGGCCUAUGAAAUUGAAGGCUGAUCUUGCCGAGAAUCUCCAUUUCAUGUUCGGAAUCGCCGUAUCCACCGAUGAUGAACCUUCGCUGCGCAUCACCGCGUGUCAUGCUUUGUUUGCUUGUAUCUCUUGGGUUGAGGAUCCUCUGGUUCAAAGCCAGUUGUUUGAUCUCCUUCGUCGCACAGAACGCGAGAACGGCUGGCCGUGGGGUUAUGUACAACAUCAAGUCGUGCAGGCAUGGAGGCCGGUGUAG